ACCGCGGGCCAGUAGGUGGCGGUGACGCUUCGUUCGGUAUAAACCAACAGAAGAAGAAAAUGUUUACUAGACAGACUCCAUCAACACCACAGCGGCUGUGGAAGCGCCGUGGUUUGUGUUUUUGGGGUUUUUUGUUUUCUAACCGGAGCCGGGAGAGAAAACGACACAGGAAGAUGGAAAGUUUGUGACUUCCGGGCAGAAGUGAAACGAACUGAAGCCCAACUGGAACAGAGACAUCAAUGAAAACAGAAACACGAAAUGGAGGCUGUUUCCAACCCCGAAGAUCGGCUGCAGAGACUCGACUUUCAGCAGAUGCUGCUGGUUAAGGAAGAGCUUCCUGAAGGACGGAGUCCUGGUGUGGACUUGCCGGAUCCAGAGUCGCUCCAGAUAAAGGAGGAGCAGGAGGAACCCUGGCCCAGUAUGAAGGAGGAGACUGAUGCCAGCUGGUUUCCAGUAACCACAGUCAUCAGGAAGACUGAGGAAGACGAGGAAGAAAAACCUGUUUCCUCACAGCAAACAGGGGACGCAGAUCUUCCAGUCAGCUAUUCAGUUGACCUGGGGAAGUUAGAAACUGAGGAAGAGGACUGGAGGAACCUGGAUUGUAAUGCAGAUAGAAGCUCUUCAGACACAGAUGUCAGUGAGGAUAAUGAGGGAAAUUUGAACGGUCCUGAUUCUCAGCUGGAAAACUUUUCUUUAAGGUGUUUGGUUAACAAAAAAUAUACAAUGAAGAAGAAUUUGAAAUCAACAAGGGAAUCCCAAAUGGAUCUGAAAUGUUUUAGCUGUAAUGAAUGUGGCAAGAGCUUUCUGAGGGAAAAUCUUCUAAAAAUACACGUGAGAAUCCAUACAGGGGAGAAACCAUUUAGUUGUGAACUUUGUGGACAAAGAUUUAUACAAAAAUCCAACUUGAACAGACACAUGAGAUUCCACACAGGGGAGAAACCGUUUGGGUGUCAUCUCUGUGGACAGACCUUUAGUUGGAAGUCUAGUUUAGACUGUCACAUGAGAAUCCACACCGGAGAGAAACCAUUCAGCUGUGACUUCUGUGGACAAAGAUUUGGUGAGAAAUCGGUUCUAAACACUCACAUGAGGAUUCACACUGGAGACAAACCAUUUAGCUGUGAUGUUUGUGAACAAAGAUUUAACCAAAGAUCACAUCUAAAAAGACACAUGAGAGUCCACACUGGAGAGAAACCAUUUUGCUGUGAGAUCUGUGGACAACGAUUUGGUGAUAAAUCAGUGUUAAACAUUCACAUGGGAAACCAUACGGGAGACAAACCAUUUGGUUGUCAUGUUUGUGGAGAGCGAUUUAGUCGUAAGUGUAUUUUAGACAGACACAUGAGAAUCCACACAGGAGAGAAACCUUUUAACUGUGAUCUUUGUGGGAAAAGAUUUAGCCACAAGUCAGCUGUGAAUAUCCACAGGAGAAUCCAUACAGGUGAAAACCCAUUUUGUUGUCAAACAUGUGGAAAAAGAUUUAGUCGCAAGUCAGUUCUAGAGAGUCACAUGAGAAUCCACACUGGAGAACAACCUUUCAGAUGUGAUGUUUGUGGACAAAGAUGCAACGAAAGAGCACAUUUAAAAAAGCACAUGAGAAUCCACACGGGAGAAAAACCAUUUGGUUGUGACGUCUGUGGAAAAAGCUUUAGAGAUAAAUCGCAUUUCAAGAGUCACAUGAGGGUCCACACGGGAGAGAAACCAUUUAGUUGUGAUAUUUGUGGAAAGAGAUUUAGUGAUAAAUCAGAUUCCAAUAAUCACAUGAAAAUCCACACAGGAGAAAAACUAUUUGCUUGUGAGCUUUGUGGACAAAGAUUUAGACGAAAACCCUGUUUGAACAUUCACAUGAGAAUCCACACAGGAGAGAAACCUUUUGGUUGUGAUUUUUGUGGGAAAACAUUUCGACAAAAAUCUUAUUUAAAAAUCCACACGAGAAUUCACACAGGAGACAAACCAUUUAGUUGUGAUGUUUGUGGGAAAAAAUUUAACAGCAAGUCAAAUUUAAAAAGCCACAUGAAGAUUCAUACAGGAGCGGAAACUGUUCACAUGUGAAUAUUAAGACAUCUUAAUGUGGAACACUUCAAAGACUGCAAAGUUGUUUCUAAAACCCAUUUUCCUACUAACAAUUUUAAGUGUUUGUGUUGUGCCAAUGUCUGUAUGACGUUGUAUGAAUAUACAAAGUAUGCAUAUUCAUACUUUGUUCCUUGAACAUUUCAUUAGAUGCUGAGCCAACAUGAAACCUGGUAUUGCAGCUGCAGGUUUGACAGCCUGCGAGCUCAAAGGGGCUUUGCAGCUGCAGCACACAUACUGGGUUUUUUAAAACAAUGUACUUGGGUUUUUACAUCUGACCAUAUUUAUGAAUAUUCCAUAGAUUUCCUGAAAAUAUGUGCAAUUUAACAUUCUGGACGUUGUGGUCCAUUCUAACUGCAAAAAAACUUUUGUUUUUGUGAUUCAGAUGUUUGCCAUCUGAUAUUUGCAAGGUCAGGUGUUAGCUUAGGCAUUUAAGGAACGGUUACAUCAUGAGACAAACUAGCACUUUUUGUGAUUGUUUUGAUUUUUGUCAAAAUUUGAAAAAUAUAUUAAAAGAAUUAUAGAUACUCAUUGCCUUGUCAGCACAAGAUGGAGAGUGGAGUGUGUUGGUUUAUGGAUAUUUUGGGCUAAGGAGAAUUAAUCUAAGGUCAAAUUUAACAUUUCAACAUAAUUGUUACAUUAAACACACCCAGAUUUCCAAAACAGAUGUGAUGCAACCCAAUCAUGGGCUUCCUGAUUUGUGCCUGGUUUACUUUGGUGAGUUCAAUGAGAAAAUGCUGAACUUUACAGUUACCUACAGAUGUGGUUGAGUAAAAAAUGGUUUUUAUGACAAGAAAAAAAUUGAUAUAAAUUUAGUUCACCUCAGUUUUUAGCCAGAAUGGAACUUCUGAACAGAAAAUGACAGAUUUUAAUAUAGAAGUAAGAAAAUCACUAGAAGAUGUUUCUGCUAAUUCACUCAUGUUUUAUUAUUUGUUAAAGAAAUAUUUUGAAGAAAAACUGAAAAUAUUUGUCUGUAAUUUUUUAAAAUGCAGCGGUUGCUGAAACUGAGGAAGCCAAUCUAGCACUACCUGUGCUAUUACAUUAACACAAUUAAGAUUUUAAAGCGACGGUAACCAAUUUUUGUUCCACUUCCUAGGAAAAUUUAAAUCCUGCCAGGAUUCAGUCUUUGUUUUCAUAAAGAAUAAAAUUAGAGCCUGAUCAAAAGUUUUAGUUUGGACCCGAUCAGAGGUUCUGGUGCUGCUAAAAUGUUCUAACAGUAAGGCAGAGCUCAGAUUGUUCAAACGGGUGAUUAAUGGGAUUUUGUGUGUAAUUUGUGAAGGUUUUAGAGUUGAUGCAGAGUAGAGAGAAACGUGAGAACUUAGCAUGUUAACCACAAGAGGGCAGCAGAGCUCUGAGUGAUAAUCAGCACUGUAACAGAAGCAGCCACAGUUCAGCCACAGUACGGCAGAUUUUACUAAAACCCCAAAAAUAUUCAACUUUUUCCUGAAGGUAAAUGAAAUGCACAGCUCUGUUGACUUGGUUUGAACUGAAGCCAUUCAUUUCUGGCUGAUUCUAAGAAUUUAUCGAGUUUAGCAGAGGAGAGAAGAAGAACUCUAUAAUGAUAAGUGUUGUGCAUCAGUUGGUCGCCGGUGCGCCCUGAGCCCAGGCUGCGGGCCACGCUGGACUCCUGGUUUCACACCAUUUCCAGUCGCUCGCCAUUUUAUUUCCUGUCAAGUUAAUGUUCAAUAAAAGGUCACUAAUGCCAAACAAUCGUUGAAAAUAAGAAUAACUGAAAAAGAGAUUUUAACACAUGGAGAUUUAUUGGGAAAGAAUUUGCUGUGUCCCAUCAUAACUAUUUACAAAAACUGAAAUUUUAGACAACAGUUCUGUGCUUAAAUAUGACAGUCAAGUCAAAUCAUCUUUAUUUGUAUCGUGCCAACUUACAUCAGUAUGAAAAGAUGCUAAACACUUUAUUUUCUUUUAUUGCUGUUUUGAGUUGGUUGGUUGGAACUGAACAAAAAUAAAAUAUAAACACUAAAAUGUGCAGCUGGGGGUUAUGUUAAUUUUUCUGUUCUUCAAUCCUGUGAAUUAAUUAGUUAUAUUUUAUACUGUAAUAAAUGCCAACAAAAUGCU